AUGAACAUACAAGGUCUGACACGUCGGCAGUUGGCCCAACGCAAUCGACGGGAGCGGGAGCGGGACACCCGGAAAUUGACCGACCCAAGAGAAAAUGUCUCUGAUCAGAUCAUUGAAGGUCCUGCAGGUGCAUUGGCUGGCCUAAGUGGUCGACAGAUUGGACAACAAGCUCGACGGGAGAGAGAACAGGCAAGACAGGCUGAGAGUGGCUCACCACCUCCUUUGCCACCACAAGCACCCAAAGCUCGACGGACCUAUUCAGACAGCAUGCAACCCCAUCAGCUGGGUAGCUGCAAUAUCAUAUGUCCCAAAUGUCAAGCCCUACACUGGAGUGAAGAGCGUGCACUUCAAGUUGCUGCUGGAGGAGAACGUUCGACUGUGGCAGACCCACGAUUUUCAUCUUGCUGCGCAAAUGGAGCAGUUCAGUUGCCACUCCCAGUCGACCCACCCCCGGAACUGAAAGACCUGUUGACGGAUCUCACCCAUCAGGGUAAGCUGCGUCGUGAGCAGCUCCGAAAUUACAAUAAUUCUCUUGCUUUCACCUCAAUGGGUGUUGAUAAGCAGGACAUGCAAGUCUGGGGACCUCAAGGGAUAUACACCUUUCGUAUUGGCGGACGAGCAUACCACCAAAUCGGAUCAUUACUUCCUGAAGCUGGCGAACAUCCCCGAUUUGCUCAAGUCUUCCUGGCGGGUCUGUCUGAAGCAGAACAGGCUGCUCAGCGAAACAUUCACAUCCGAGGGAGAGGUGAAGAGGGUGUUCUGACCCGCCUGGCUCAAAUGAUAGAAAGGGUUAACCCAUACUAUGCUGCUUUCAAGACUUUCCGUGACCGUGAUAGGGAAUCCGAAGAGGACACGCCGAUUAUGUAUCUUACAGUUCUGAAUCCUCUGCAAAACGACCCUCGCAGAUAUAACCGACCUACAUCAGAUGAAGUUGCAUGUGUAUAUGUUGCCGAUGAAAAUGAACCGUCCCCGGGUCGUCACAUUCAAGUUUAUCUGCGAGGCGGUGGGGUUCGCAACAUUAGUGAACUCCACUCAGCAUAUCUUCCCCUGCACUUCACUCUGAUAUACCCGCACGGAGAGCCGGGAUGGCAUCCAAGGAUCCCUUUGGCUGGGCAACCACUGGGAGAUGAUGACGAGAUUGGUGAGGGGGAAGAUAUUGAGGAUGGAAAUGCUGGAGAUGGUGGAUUGGUAGCUGAAGUAAGACGCUAUGGGCGUGGAGGAUCUAAGCGAGUGACUCAAGCGCAAUUUGCAACCUAUUAUCUCUUCAAACGAUUGGGCAGUUUCAACACCGCACUCUAUUGUGGACGACUCUUUCAAGAACUAUUGGUGGAUCAGUGGGCUCAGACCGAAUCAAACCGUCUACGAUGGAUCCGAGAGAAUCAGACCACUCUCCGAGCGGAAUCAUAUAAGGGAUUGGUCGAUGCGGUUGAUGCUGGGAUUCCUUUGGCUGAUGUAGGCAAAAAAGUGGUGCUCCCCUCGACAUUUGCCGGUUCGCCACGUGGUUGCAAGGAUCUGGGUGAUCGAAUUUCAAAAACGGGGACUUCCGCAUUGUCAUCUGCUCAUGUGCCUUACACCAGACGAUAA